AUGUCUACUAAGAGCCUAAAAGACUUCUUAGGGACCUUGGUUGAUGCAGCCCUGGAUGAACCUCCCAGGAAGAAAGGGAAGCACUCGUCAACGUCCAAAUCUACAUCAGAAGCAUCGUUCGGCUAUACUGAAAUAAGCAAGCUAGAGCAUAGCGGUAGAAUGCUCCAAAAAAAUAUCAAACAAAUAUUGGAAGUGGCGCCUACGAUAGCAGAAUUAGAUUCAUUGGCUAGAGGCGCGAACUCAGACGACUUCACGCAAGGGCAAUUGAAGUCUAAUAAGCUUGUUCUUAUGGCGGCUGCCCUCAAGAGUAAAUACAAUAGUCAAAACUUACCGAUUUUUGAUCAGAUACUCAAGGAGGAAAUUGAUGUACUGAAGAAAGAGAAUAGCAUGGUUUCAGAGGCUGAACUUCCCAAAGAGGCCCCUCCGGUCGAGGAAUCCACGACAGACUCAGGGAAGCUUGUACCAUUACCAGAGAUUCGAAGUCCAACGCUUAAGGCUCGAGUUUUUCAGCACAAGUCAAUGUCCGCAAACAAGACGUACCUAGACGACAAGGAAAUCAUUGGUCGGCAUAACGAAAGGCUCGAGUUUUUAGGUGACUCGGUCCUUAAUACUAUCGUGACGAGAAUCUUGUACGAGAGGUUUCCAUACGCCAAAGAAGGCCAACUCUCUCGAAUGAGAUCUACUCUUGUUAGUAACAAAACGUUGGCUGAAUUCUCCCAGGCGUACGAUUUUCAUCGUAAGUUGCGUUGUAUUAUUGACGAAGACCAGCUUCGCAUAGGCAGUCAGAAAGUCUAUGCUGAUAUUUUCGAAGCCUAUAUUGGAGCAUUAUCGAUGGAACGUGGAUAUGAUCUAUCAGAAGUGGAGGCGUGGCUUGCAUCUCUUAUGAACAAGAUGAUAAAUAAAAUGGGCAAAGAACUCGAGCAAGAACUGCCUGUCGAUCGGAAUGCAAAGGCAGAACUUUACGCCUUGAUUGGGUCUGCUUCUUCGCAUCCUCGUUAUGUUGCUGCUGGAAACAACGACAAUAGCAACGCUGCAUUCAAAGUUCAUUGCAUGAUGGAUGAUGAGGUCAUAGGGGAAGGAGAGGCGCCUAAUUUCCGUGAUGCUGGGCUUCGAGCCGCAAAGGCUGCGUUGGGAAAUAAGCAAGUUAUCGAAAAGUUUUCGAGAAAAAGGGCCGAAAGUGAGCGUUCUACUACGGCAGUUCGCUUUGAGAAUAGAUCGUUCGACUCAUCUGGCUUCCCCUUGAUUGCUACGGCCGAAACUCAACCGAAUAAGUUCGCUAAGAAUGAGCUUUAUGCAUAUUUCGGUAAACAAGUCGGUCUUGUGCCAUCCUAUGAUAUCACAAAAGAUGAAGAUGGAUAUAAGGCUCAAUUGAUGGUGAAAGAGCAUGUAUUGAGUGUGGCGUCAGAUGUGUCUAAGAAGAAUGCUCAAAGUCGUGCAGCAACGGUGGUCUUACAAAACAAAGACAAACUCGACGAAUUCAUCAGAUGGGUAAGUUAA